AUGGAAGGUGUUCGCAGCGACCCCAAGACUGGCGAACUGAUUCAGGGCAAACAGGUCAUUCGACCAGUUCGGUUUUUCGUCAGCGACCAGGCCUUGCUGAUCGUAUCGGCUUUGCGAGCGAAUGUGGAAGCCCGCCUCGGCGAGCUCAGACGCGACCCGGAGACCCGGAUCAUAGAUAUCCCGGAUAGCGAGACGACGAAGAUUCAGAAAGAGGAUAUCCAAAACCAGAAGAAUUUCUCUGUGAUGAAGGCUUACUGUGCCUGCCUGUUCGAGGGAAUUUCCGAAAGAAAGCAGCUGAUCAGCUGCAAGGAGCAUCGGUCGGCUGUUUGCUACCUGGCUUUGGUUUACGAGUUGAUUAAGAUCAAAAAGGAGGCAGGAGCGAAGACGAAGUUCAAAGAAUGGGGGGAGUUGCAGGGUACACGCCUGCGCUGGUUGGCAAGCUACGUCAUCCACAGUGUGAACCGGACUACCUUUUCGAGGACGGACGAACUUGCUAUCCUCAAGGGCAUUCACCUGGCCGUCAAUGGUCGCUCCCUUCCUGAGAAACCAAUGCGAAAGCUUUCGGAUGCGAGCAUGAGCUCAGCAGAGGUGACUGGUGAGGAGGUCGAGGAUGAGAACCCGGAACGCGAUGAGAUAUUCGAGAUUUUUUCGGAUGACGAAGAUGGA